GCAUCACAACACAUCCCGAGUUCACAUCGACAAUCACGGAUUGAAAAUUUCACAUCAGUCGUAGACGACGCAAAAAGAAAACACGAAAACAGAAAUGGCUUCAUUCAAGUAUUUAAUAUUCGUCGCCAUGGUCGCCCUCAGCGUGUACUCCGCUGUCGCCGAAGAAGCGCCAAAACCCGAAGAACAAAUGGUCGCUGAAGCUUCCAGAGUAAAGAAAUACGCUUACAUCGGCGGUUCGCCUUUGGCCUAUUCCUCUUCAGUAUACCCGUACAGCGCUUACUCGGCUUACCCGUACAGCACGUACUCGGCUUACCCGUACAGCACGUACUCGGCUUACCCGUACAGCACGUACUCGGCUUACCCGUACUCGUACUCAGCAUACAACCGUUACCCGUACUCGUACCCGGCUGCAGCAUACCAAACAGCUUACUCGAGUUACUGGCCGUUCAAAUACGAGUCAACAAAGGCUUACUACCCAACUUACAAGCAUACCUACCCAUUUUAUCACUACUGAACACGAUUUUCUGAUAUCGACUAUCCAAUCGGCCGGCAACAAACGUAGUUUUUAAGAUUAUUUUAUAAGAUUAUUUUAUCAAUAAAAUUGUUAUCUUUUUUUCGAAAAAUCCACAACGAGUAAUUUUAUGUA